CUAUGUUGGUACUGUGGUUGAUACAUUGGCAUUCAUAACCAAUUCGUCAUGGCUUUAGAAGCUUUGUGCGGAUUUAAUACUCGUAUGAGUUUUAGUUCGUUAAAAAAGGAUAUCGAAUGUGAUGCAGAUGUUGAAGACUACAGCAGAAAUUUCUACAAUAAUCUGGAAUUGUCUGUUCCACCAUUUCCAGACCCAGCAGUAAACCUCUCAAGGUUCUCCACAGAUGAACAUGGAAAGGGUAUCAAGAUCAAGUUUGACCAUGGAACUACAACUCUUGGUUUCCGUUAUCAAGGAGGGGUAGUUCUGGCUGUUGACUCUCGAGCAACGGGAGGCCAGUAUGUAGGGUCUCAGACAAUGAAGAAGAUAGUUGAGAUCAAUGAUUACCUUCUGGGAACACUGGCGGGUGGUGCUGCUGACUGUAUGUACUGGGAUCGAGUGUUGGCAAAACAAUGUCGCAUGUAUGAGUUGCGAAACAGAGAGCGAAUUUCUGUGGCCGCAGCUUCAAAACUCAUGGCCAACAUGGUCUACAACUACAAGGGAAUGGGACUCUCAAUGGGCAUGAUGAUAGCAGGAUGGGAUAAAAGGGGUCCUGGCCUGUAUUAUGUUGAUAGUGAAGGCACACGUACGAAAGGAAAAGUGUUUUCUGUUGGCUCUGGAUCAGUCUAUGCUUUUGGAGUCCUUGAUUCUGGCUACAACUGGGAUCUGAAAGAUGAAGCUGCUUAUGAUUUGGGACGCAGAGCGAUCUAUCAUGCAACACAUCGUGAUGCUUACAGUGGAGGCAUUGUGAGAGUAUAUCACAUGAGGAGCACUGGCUGGGUGAACAUUUCCAAUGAAGAUUGCAAAGAUUUGCACUACAAAUUCCAGGAAGAAAAGGGAAACUUUCCAGCAUAAAGUGGAAGGAAUGAAGUUGUCAAGCUGUGGAUACAUAUAUGUAUUUGUAUAGUUCCAAACUAUUUCUGUGGCUUCAUAAAUAAUAAAGCAAGAAUUUAAUUGAAA